GUGUUGAUCUGACCAAAACUGAUAUGGGUUCAUGGCAUAGCGAAAAAGAGACGAGGAAAAACGCAUUUUUCUUCUAUGUUAAAGUUUCGUUUCUGAAACUGUUGAUCUAACAUUAGCUAUACGCAAAUGUUAACAGCCGAAGCAAGCACUUUUUAAAAGAAGCUUUGAUAUAUUUACUUGGAUGGUCACAGACUUCAGGAGGCCUGGAGACUGAUAGAGAGAGCGCGUUCCAGAGCACCGGUCCGAUGGAGAAGCCCGCCAUCCAGACGCAGCCCUCCACGCUGCCGUUCUUCGACACCUCCCACGCCUUCAACCUCCUGCGCGGGAUCCACGAGCUCCGCGCCGAGCGCAAGUUCUUCGACGUGACGCUGUGCGCCGAGGGCCGGGAGUUCUGCUGCCACCGCACCGUCCUGGCGGCCGCCAGCACCUACUUCCGCGCCAUGUUCGCCGGGACGCUGCGGGAGAGCGCCAUGGACCGCGUGGUCCUCCACGAGGUUUCGGCCGAGCUGCUGGGCCUGCUGGUGGACUUCUGCUACACGGGCCGCGUCACCGUCACCCACGACAACGUGGACCUGCUGCUGAAGACGGCCGACCUCUUCCAGUUCCCCUCCGUCAAAGAGGCCUGCUGCGCCUUCCUGGAGCAGCGGCUCGACGUCUCCAACUGCCUGGAGAUCCAGGACUUCGCCGAAGCCUACGCCUGCCGCGAGCUGGCGACCAGCGCCCGCCGCUUCGUGCUGAAGAACAUCGCCGAGCUGGCCAAGGGCAAGGACUUCGAGCGGCUGCCCUGGAAGAGGCUGCUGGAGUUCGUGUCGGACGACGGGCUGGCGGUGGACAAGGAGGAGACGGCCUACCAGAUCGCCGUGCGCUGGGUGCGGGCAGACCCCACGCGCCGUCUGCACUACUGGCCAGAGCUGCUGCAGCAGGUGCGGCUGCCGUUCGUGCGGCGCUUCUUCCUGCUGGCGCACGUGGAGAGCGACCCGCUGGUGUACCUGUCGCCGGCCUGCCUGAGGCAGGUGAGCGAGGCGCGGGCCUUCCAGUCCUCCGAGUACGACCGGCACGACCGGCCCUGCCAGCGCAUGAGGCCCCGGCCCUCCACCGGCCUGGCCGAGAUCCUGGUGGUGGUGGGCGGCUGCGACCAGGACUGCGAUGAGCUGGUCACCGUGGACUGCUACAACCCGCAGACCGGACAGUGGCGCUACCUGGCCGAGUUCCCCGACCACCUGGGAGGAGGGUACAGCAUCGCCGCGCUGGGCAACGACAUGUAUGUCACAGGCGGCUCGGAUGGCUCGCGGCUCUACGACGGCGUGUGGCGCUAUAACUCCAGCGUGAACGAGUGGACGGAGGUGUCCCCCAUGCUGAAGGCGCGGGAGUACCACAGCACCUGCGUGUUGAAGGGCCAGCUCUACGUGGUGGCGUCAGACAGCACCGAGCGCUACGACCACACGCUGGACUGCUGGGAGUCUCUGCCGCCCAUGCUCCACGCCAUGGACAACUGCUCCACCACCACCUGCAGGGGCUGCCUCUACGCCAUCGGCUCGCUGACCGGCCAGGACACCAUGGUCAUCCAGAGCUACGACCCCGGGGCUGGCCGCUGGGCCCUGGUCAACUGCGGCCAGCUGCCCCCCUGGUCCUUCGCCCCCAAGACCGUCACCCUCAACGGACUCAUUUACUUCGUCAGGGAUGACUCGGCGGAGGUUGACGUCUACAACCCCCUGAAAAACGAAUGGGACAAGAUCAGCCCCAUGAACCAGGUCCACGUGGGUGGCAGCGUAGCCGCCCUGGGGGGUCGUCUCUUCGUGUCGGGCGGCUACGACAACACGUACGAGCUGUCUGACGUGGUGGAGGCGUACGACCCCUCCACCCGCGCCUGGACCCACACCGGCCGGCUGCCCCAGCCCACCUUCUGGCACGGGAGCGUCAGCAUCUUCCGCCAGUUCAUGCCCCUGGUGUCCAACGCCUUCGAGCCGGCCGACACCCCCGACACCAACGCCAUCCACCUGCACCGGCACCACCGCAACCAGGCCCUGCACAACCACAACCACAACCACAACCACAACCGUGAACUCAACCGCGAGCUCAACCGCGACCUCAACGCUUAGCCCCCCCGCACUCCCACCUUCACCACGACGAUGCUACAUCCAGUACUCCGCACUUUACCACUCGUGAACCCCGAAACAAAUACGGCGAAAGCGGUUAGCUGACCCUCAGAUUCAGACUCCUGCUCGAUUGAUCGGGAGAAUAAGAUUGUCCUCUUGGUGCUGUGAAGACGUUCGGACAUUGAUCAGCACCCCAGUGCUGUACCGAAACGGUGGCAGGAAACGGAAGGCAUGGUUGGGCUGCUUAGGAUUUGUGCAAAGUUGUUUGUUAACCUUUAGCUGCAUUAUGGUAUCCCUGUAGGUUAUAGCAACCUCUUAAUCUGUGGAGAUGUCUUGGGAAAAGGGACAGGAACAAAUUUCCAUUAAAAUGCCACAAUUUUAGGUAUUCAUAAGACUAUAUUAGAGCUUUUAAGACCACUUCACAGUAAGUGGGUAUAUUUACCGUCACCUGUUUCUGACAUUGUUGUAAGAAACAUACAUUAAUCAAAAACAUAUGAUAAUGUCAGAAUACAUAUAUAAUCAAUAAUCAGCCCUUUACAAUAGAGACAUUCCAAAGGUCAUCCUCCGCCCCUGCUCAGAUCACACAGAUUGUGACAAAUGCUUCAGCCAAUGUAAUAAUGAUGCAUUGAGUCCAAUGCAGCACUAGCCAUCGAGCUAAAGUCAAACACAAAUUUGCAGUGCAGUUUGUGGACGGUCUCUUAAGCGUCAUUUGCAGAGAUGCCCUAUAUUGUGGCCGGUAUGCACCAGACGGUGAGGCCGGUUAUAUCUGGUUUCUCCAAUGUUCCAGCUCUUGGCUUUUGACACGUCGCGAGACCCCACCUCCGGUCUGGCUUCGCCAUGGCCGUGUUGUCCGCUUGCAUGUGAAAUCUGUCACAUCCUCCAGAGUUCUGGUUGCUGAUAGAUACAGUCAGUUAUUUUUAUAGUAAAUUAAAAGUUAUUUAUGUACCUGUAUUUAACUGUGUAGUGUUAAGUGAGAAUGAAGUUGACUGAAGGGAGUUGGUGGGGGAUAGUUCCGACUGUAUUUAAGCAGUUGAAUGCGGGACUCUCCCUUGAUAUUAACAUGAAGUAAUGGUGGAACUGACGGUCUUCUAUUGAGGAAGAAAUCAGGAUCACUGCAUGGAUAACUGGAAGCUGCGAUGUAUUCUCAAAGUUAAUUUUGUAUACAAUGGUGUUUUGCAGGUAAACAUAGUGUAAUGUACAGUAAGCUGUAGUGGUUUAUUAUAUUUGCAUUACUAGUGAUUUGUUUGUUUUUUGUUGUUUUUUACUUUUUUCAUAUAAAGCGUUUGUGUUGUGGCCAAAUCCAUUUUAUUGCCGUGCAAACUGUCUUAGUUUGCGGGCAAAAACAAAAGUGAUGUUCAUAAAGUGCAAUCACCUAUUAAAGCUGCAGGCAGACCUUUA